AUGUCUGCCCAGUAGGAUUUCCCAAAAUAGUAUCUAAAUUUGUUGUUUAUCCAUUUUAUAGACUUAAAUUUAUAAAUUGANUUUAGAAAUUAGAAAAAUUAGAGAUGAAUAAAGAAAAGCAGAAAAAUAAGCAUAAAGAUAAAAAUUAAUUGAUGCUUAAACUGAAAAAUUAAAAAAAUAAAAAGAAGAAUAAGAAAAAUUAUUAAAUAAAAAUAUAAUAGAAGCUGAAAUUAAAGCAGAAGAAGUUGAAAAAAUGAAAAAAGAGUAGAGACGUAAAUUAUAAAGUGCAAUAAGUUAUAGUCAUAAAGUUAAAAUGGAAGUUAAAUAAUAAUAAGAAGAAGAAGAAAAAAGAUUAAAUUAGGAAUUCUAAUAAUAUUGGAUUAAUAGAAAUAAAGAAUUACAAGAAUAAGAAUUAAGAGAAAAAAUGGAAAUUAAAAAAAAAAAUUAGGAAUUAAAAGAUUUUCAUCAUUAAUAAGAAAAUGAAAGAAAUCAAAAAAGAACUUAAGAAAUUAUGAAAAAUUUCGAUGAAAGAGAUAAAUGUUUAGCAAGACUAGAUAAUUAAGAUAAAGAAUUUGAUGAAUGGGCAGCCCAAAUUGUUAAGAGAUAUUAAGCAGAAGGCAAAAAUACAGAUAUUUUAAUGAAAGAACUUAAGUAAUUCAAACAUAAGUGA